CUACUCUGGGUUUGUGGAAACUUUGAUCGACACCGACUGCUAGACGUGUUGAAAGAAGGCUCAAACUGUAUCUACUUUUAAUAUUUGGACUUUUCUCCGCCGUGUCAAGCGCUGUUCUUCUAUGAACCUUGGACUUGAGAAUCCAUUGCUUGAGGAAGCAGCGCAUUUGUGUGAAUUAGCGGCUCCGAAAAGAAACCAUAUCUGGUCAAAGUAUUCAGCUGUCACAUGCGCUAUAUAUAGUGUGGGAUAAGCGCUGUCUGAAGUGCUGUGGUUGGGGGAGCUCGACUGUUCCUGUCUUUUUUCCUUUCUUCUGUCCACUUCUUCUAUUUGAUCUUGUUCACCAUGUUCCGUAAAGAGAUGGACAAGUACCGGGAUGUGGAUGAGGAUGAGCUAUUGCAGAAGCUCAGUGAAGAAGAGCUCAGGAGACUUGAAGAUGAACUUGAAGAGCUGGAUCCCGAUAACGCACUGUUGCCGGCAGGAUUCAGACAGAGGGAUCAGACUAAGAAAGCUCCGACCGGAACGUUCCAGAGAGAUAACCUUCUGGCUCACCUGGAGAAACAGGCCAAAGAACAUCCAGAUCGAGACGAUCUUGUUCCCUACACUGGCGAGAAAAGAGGUAAAGCAUGGGUGCCUAAGACCAAAGGUGUUGACCCUAUCCUGGAAGAUGUCACGCUGGAGCCCGAACUAGAGGAGGCGCUAUCUAGUGCUACUGACGCAGAAUUGUGCGAUAUAGCAGCCAUUUUGGGCAUGCACACUCUGAUGAGUAAUCAGCAGUAUUAUGAAGCCUUGGCCAGCAGUACUAUCGUCAACAAACAAGGCUUAAACAGUGUAAUCCAGUGUACUCAGUAUAAGCCUGUGCCAGAUGAGCAGCCCAAUGACACAGAUGUAGAGGAAACACUACAGGGAAUCAAGAGAAAUGAUCCAGACCUUGUUGAGGUCAACCUAAACAACAUCAGGAAUAUUCCAAUCCCAACUCUGAAAGCGUAUGCUGAAGCUCUAAAAGGGAACAGUGUUGUGGAACGCCUGAGCAUCGUUGGCACCAGAAGUAACGAUCCUGUGGCCUUUGCUCUAGCAGACAUGCUGAAAGUGAACACCACUCUAAAGAGUCUAAAUGUUGAGUCAAACUUCAUUACUGGAGCUGGAAUUCUGGCCCUCGUGGAAUCUUUGAAGUGCAACACUACACUGCAGGAGCUAAAGAUUGACAACCAGAGCCAGCCUUUGGGUAACAAGGUUGAGAUGGAGAUAGCUAACAUUUUGGAGAAGAACACUACUCUGCUGAAGUUCGGAUACCACUUCACCCAGCAGGGCCCACGCUUGCGUGGAUCUAAUGCCAUGAUGAACAACAAUGACCUGGCACGUGUAGUUCGGUCGGACUCAGAUGGAGCGAUCACAUUCACACUGUCAGUCCCUGAGCUGGAAAGAGCCUUCUGUAAAAAGUUCAAGUUCACAUCAAAACUCAAUAAGAAAGAGAAGGCUUGAAGGAGGACCCAUCUUUCCUAAAUGUCGGACAAACGUGUAGCAGCAUCAGGAACCCUCUAUGGCCUGGGACCUGCAUCACACCCCAUCUCAUCCCAAAUCCUCCCUUCAUUUCUGUCCCUUUCACAGAUAAAUGACAGGAUCAUCUAAAAAAUUCAGAAUGCUUUUUUUAAUGCCCCAGAUCUGGAAACCCAAAGGUACCACCAUCUGUUUACCAGACACAUAGUUACUCAUGGCGAGUGUUUUAAAAGUGUGUAAACUAGCUGCCAUAACAUUAGCUGGGAAAAAUCACCUACUUGUGUUGAUGAAGCAGUAAAGAUGAAAAUAACGCUCAAUGUAUCACAAUGUUCUCAGUCGAACCUAAUCUUCUUGCUGUAAACAGUUUGAUCUUAAAGCCAGCCAUUUCACUGUUUGGAUGCACACCAAGAGCAUCAAACUUGACUGAUUGUAGGUGUGGUUUUGCCUGGCCAGUUGAGUUGAGUCUCACGGUAGUGGUAGUUCUCACACACAUUGUAAUUCUCCUCUCUUGAAAUGUUUAACAACUGGUAAAUUUGUAGCUAUGCAAAUUCAUUGCUGGCAAGUCUCUGUACUGUGGUAUCUAGUACUUUGCUAACACCGAUGAAAGUUGCAUUGUUAGUGCAUAUUUGUAUAAACUCGCAUCAAGACGUCAACGGCUCAUAUCGCAGAAAUCACCAACUCGCAUUGGUUUGAUUCGAAAAAAAAGUUUUUUUUUAUGUUUAGGAUAAGCUUGGUUUCAAUUUCAAAAAUUAGCAAUAAUAGCUCUCUUAUUAUACUAACAGUCUCUCUAUGCACUUAAUAUAAAAUCAAUGUGAAUGAUGUGUAUACAGUGUUCUUCCUCAUUAAAUGCUUUUUUAAUGUUUGAGUGAGGAUCAAAACACAAUUGAAAACCUAUCAUCAAACUAUAUGUAUUAUGACUGCUCUCCUUAAGUAACGUCCAGGUGAAAUCUGUGAUGAUACUAGUAAAAUCUGUGUUAAAUUGUUUGCAGUCUUUCUUUCCUGAGAGGAGCCAGCCCAGACAGAACAGACUUCGCAACGCUCAUAUUUCCAUAAUUAAAUAAUAACCACUUAAGCUUAACGAUCACAAUAGGCUGGUUCAUGAUUUCGGUUUCUGUCCCCAAGACCUUUUAAGAUUUAACUUUUUUUUUUUAAUUUGCACAUGCUACGAAAUACAUGUGACAGUUUGCACACAUCUAUUUUUAGUGGCAGAAGCGAAUGAAAUGUUCACAAUGUUGAGCUGUUGUACAGGAAUAUAUACUUAAAAUUGCACUGAAUGAUUUUUCAUGCAUCUUGAUUUUGAGGUGAAAAAUGACCUGGUCAUGGACCUGCGGACCUCUUUUCAUGAGACGAGGCAUCAUUUAGAAUCUGUCAUCUGCCGUGAUUUAGCAGGUGUGUGUGUGUUUUUCAGAUUUUUGUUGUCUGUGAUUAGGCCUACUCUCUUCACACUCUGCCAGCACAGUAAAAGUCAGUGUGUUUUAUGGAUGUAAACAUUUUCCUACUGUUUUAAGGACAGAGCAUUUAUAGGACUUUUGGAACUGUCGUCUUGUUCAAAACCAAAAAGGGAAAAUUUACUGUUGAUCGUCUUGUCCUGUGUUUGGACGCAGGCCCAUAAUGUAGCCAUAGAGUGCCUGGGCUGGUGCACAUAUUUACAUUUUGUUAGUGCACCUUACUGUAUGUGGUUUAUUGAUUUAAUAAAGACUGAAUAAGUGGUG